CCACCGAAACAAACGGGACGGCCUUUCAAAACUCAGCCUCAUAAACGGAGCUGAGGGGAAAAUCUUGACCGGGGUACAGACUCACACUCACAUCUCGCUUACUCAUUUCCCGUCACUUCAAUCUACUUCUUGCGACGACAGGUCACAAGUACAACGGCGGAUACGAUACCCCCACCAGCUCUCUCCCACGUCCACACAUCGCAACAUGGCCACUGAUGAGAUUCCCCAGACGGCCGUGCCGGGCAAGAUCCUUGGCCCGACGACGCGGUUCGCCGCCGGCCCGGGCACACACGUCUACAACGGCAACGUCGUGGCCUCGCUGUUGGGCGACGUGACGGUGAAGCCCUCAGCCAAGGCACAGGCGGGUCUCACGAAGCGUCUCAACCGCAUCACGCAGCUGUCGGCCGACGAGUUGGCGACCAUCUCGGUGGCGCGCACGGGGGCCAGCAAGAAGCGCGAGGUGCUCCCGGACGUCGGCAACGUCGUGCUGUGCCGCGUCGUGCGGUUGAUGCCCAAGCAGGCCAUUGUGACGAUCCAGCAGGUCGGCGACACGGCGCUGCAGACGGAGUGGCAGGGCGUCAUCCGCUCGCAAGACGUGAGGGCGACAGAGAAGGACAAGGUCAAGAUCUAUGAGAGUUUCAAGCCUGGAGAUGUCGUGCGGGCGCAGGUGAUCUCUCUGGGUGAUCAGGCGAAUUAUUACCUCUCGACCGCGGCCAAUGAGCUGGGCGUCAUCAUGGCCACCAGCGAGGCUGGCAACGACAUGGUGCCGGUGAGCUGGAAGGAGUACAAGGACCCAGAGACGGGCGUCGGAGAGCCGCGCAAGGUGGCCAAGCCGAACUGAUUGGGAUCGCCUCUCAUCCAUCCGCACUCCGGGGCAGAGCCUCUUGGGUUUCAUGAUGAGCAGGUCACGCUGGACCAUGCACGCCAGCCGAGGAUGCUCGCAAGUUGAGGCAAUAGAGUUUUCUGCCCCGGCUUUUCAAGGAGGCUGAGAUGUCUCCAUCCGCCGCCGAACAGGGAAGAGCUCUCGUGGUGUUUCGAAACGAGAGUCCGGGCAUGACGACAUGACAGCGGGUUUUUGUUGGCGGUUUCAGAGCCUUGGACCGCACCCGAGGGCCAGUUUUGCCGGGCACGCAACCGCCGCCUCGGUAGACGCUGCUUUUCUACCUUUGUUCCCGUAGCUGCUGCUGCUCCCGCCUGCAUGACAUCUCGACCAUAACCAAGCAUAGAUCCACCGUCGGCUACUGUCAGGGGAGGGGCAUGGCCGGCAAGGUGCCCUGCGUGUUCAUUGUGGCAACAGCACAGGAAACUAGUCGAGGUCAAAGGGCUGAUUGAUUGGCAGUCCGAUGUGGGAGCUUAUUCAUGCAAGGGCGGCGAUCGAGGGCUGUCAAAAAUAGCGGGAUGGGGUUUGGGCUCAGCAAUGAACGAGCGUAGAGGAAAGGAAAGGGAGGGGGAGGAGGACGGGAUUUCGCAGUCGUCAGUUGUCAAACACGCCCGCGCAUCCCAAUCGCCUGCCCUUAUCAAUUAGAUAGGUAUCGUUAAUUUGUCGUUCCCGUAUGUCAUGGACGACGGUACGGCAUGAAUACACGAGGCCGGACAUUCCGCAGUU